AUGAACAGUAUAUACGCAUUACGAAACAAGUUCAAUCAAGAAGAACCUGUCCGCACCCGAACACCACAACUGAGUAAAGAGGCGUCCGUCCGAGGCGGCACGGGGGCUGCCACCAGCGUGAGAGAAAAGCGGGGCACCGGGCCGGAAAGCGGCGAGGCGAGGGGUCGCGUUCCGAGGGUAAGGCGGCUCCCAGCGAGCCCAAGGCCAGGAAACAAUGGCGCGAGCGUGACGUGGGGCUGGGGGCGUCGCCGCGGCGCGGAGCAAGGGGCUGCUCCGAGGCGGGGGCUACCUGGCGCUGGAGGCGUGCGGGGUCCGCGAGCUCGCAGGCGGGCGCCCGGACGCGCGGGGCCUGAGGGGCGUAGCGGCCGGGUAGGGCCGUGGCGGGGGCAGGAGGGGGGCCCUGGCCCAGGUCGCGCGCUCCACCGCUCACCCUCCCUCGCUCCUUCGCCCGCCCGCUCCUUCCCCUCCCGCCCGCGGGUCCCGCCGCACUCACCGGCCCCACCGCACGGCAGCAAACCCAGAGCGCAACUGCCGCAGCCGCCCGGGCGCGCGCCCUCCCAGCCCCCACCGCCCCGGCACCGCCCCCGGCUCGCGCCCGGCCAGGGACCAGCGCGCUGUUCCGUCCCCCAGCUCCGCCGCAGAACCCGGCCUCCGCGACGCUCCCUGGCCGCGCUGCUGGAGUGGAACCGCGAGGCGGGCCUGCGUCUCGGUCCCUUGCGUGGGUCUGGGGAUCUUCAAACAACAAAACAUUGCCCGCUGCUGAGCUAUGGGGUGACGCACGUUGACAACCCUUCCAUGUCCUUUAGGUCUCCAUCCCUGGGCCUUCUGCAGGGCCCUGGACUACCUCACUUACACUCCUACGCUUUCUCUUAGGGGGUUGGGGGCAACCGUUUUCCCAGCCACAGACUCUUACAGUCGAACGGACCUCAAAAACCCUAUGGUCCAGACUCCCAUACCACGCCUGAAUCCCAAUGAUGACUUAAAGUACCGGCUUUGGAGUUUGUCAGAAAGGGUUGGAACCCCAGUUCCACAACACGCCAACUGUGUCACUUUGGGCGAUACACCUGACUUCAUCAUACCUAGUUCCCUCAUCUUCAAUAUAGGGAUAGAUAACAACAGUACCUACCUCAUGGGGUGGUGACAGGAUGAAAUAAGAUAACAGAGAUACUUGAAGACUUCUGCCCAAGGUCUUCUCUCUUCCAGACCAGUAUCUCCCAUUCCUUCCAUUGUUUCUCCUUUGUCCUCGUUUUGAGGGUCUUUGUCCUCAUUCUUUUUACGCACCUACUCGGUUUGAUUGUGGUUACUUUAGAGUACAUUGCCCAAGACUGAACCAAAUGUUUGUGGUACCAUCAGAGCAGAGCAGGACUGUAGCUUCCUCCUUGUACUGCCUUGCAUUCAAGCAAUAAAGUUCUUGGUACCUGCACUACUGACUCAUUGAAUUUACAGUCAGCUAAAACCUCCAAGACUUUUUAAUACGUGCUCUGCUGGAGCAUUUCUACCCUCUCGUGUUUUUGAGCCAACUUCAGGUCGGCUGAGGACAGGGCUUGGGGCUCUCACCUACCAGAUUUUUCAAGGAUAUGUGGGGAGAAGAAAUAGGAGUUGGAAGGUAGUCUGACACUACCUUUAAACCAAGGGCACAUGGGAAAAGGCCAGAGUUUGUGUCUAAAGACCAUGGCACUAAGCAAAUAGAAAAAAUAUAUAUAUGCAAUGUGAUCUCAUCUGAGCAAAAACUGUGCAUGCACACACACACACAAGACUAGAAAGAAAUAUGUAAAUAAGUAUGUUCAUAGUGGUUUUCUUUCAGCGAUAAGACUUGGGGUGGUUUCUUUUGUUCUUUAUACUUUUUCAUAAAUUUCCCAGAUUUUCUACAUUGUUUAUAUUACUUUUUUUUUUUUUUCCGAGGUACGUGGGCCUCUCACUGUUGUGGCCUCUCCCGUUGCGGAGCACAGGCUCCGGACGCACAGGCUCAGCGGCCAUGGCUCACAGGCCCAGCCGCUCUGCGGCAUGUGGGAUCUUCCCAGACCGGGGCACAAACCCGUGUCCCCUGCAUCGGCAGGUGUACUCUAAACCACUGCGCCACCAGGGAAGCCCUGUUUAUAUUACUUUUAUAAUCAAGAACUUUGUUUCCAAAAGAAAGAAACCAGAAAAAUUUUUUUUUAAUCAGAGAGAUGAAAUAACUUGGAAAAAAUGGGAAAAAAUGUUAAGAGAUAACAGACUAGGAGAAAACAUUUGUAAUAUAUAAAACAAAAGAUCUGUAUGUGGAACAUAUAAAGGACUCAACAAAUCAAUAAGAAAAAAAUUCACUAGAAAAAUGGGCAAAUGUAAAUAGGCAGUUCACAGAAAAAAAUAUAUAAAUUGCCAAUAAGAAUACAAAAAGAUGCCCAACCUCAGUAGUAACCAGGGAAAUGGAAAUUAAAACAGAAACUGGCAACAAUUUUCAAGCUUCAUGAUAUCAAAAGAAUGUAACUUGUUACAGCCAUUUAGAGGGCAAUUGGACAACAUCUAUUAAAUCCGUGUCUCAGCAAUGCCACUUCUAGUUAUCUACCAUAACUCCAUGUUAUGGAGGUAUGUACAAGGAUAAUUACUAUGAUACUGCUAAUAAAGAAAAUUUGGAAUCAGCCAUAAUGCCCAGCAAUAGGGGAAUGGCUAAAUAAAAUGUAGAAUACUCAUAAAAUGGAAUUCUGUAGAGAAUUUUAAAUAAAUGAUCUUGAUCUAUGUAUGUUAAUAUAGAUCUAUCUCAAAAGCAUAUUGUUUUUUUAAUUUUUAUUUUAAUUUUUUUAACAUCUUUAUUGGGGUAUAAUUGCUUUACAAUGGUGUGUUAGUUUCUGCUUUAUAACAAAGUGAAUCAGUUAUACAUAUACAUAUGUUCCCAUAUCUCUUCCCUCUUGCGUCUCCCUCCCUCCCACCCUCCCUAUCCCACCCC